CAAAGAGUAAACCACUGAAUUUAUGCGCUGCUUAAUCUCCUUCCAGCAGGACUCCCAGAUUCCAGUCAUGAACAUCCAAAUGCAAUUGUUGGCUCUCACAGUGCUGAUACUGUCUGCCCAAAGCUUCGUGGAUGCAGAUGCCGAGCUAUACGAGGUCAUUCAAAUGAAAGUGAAGAAUGCUAACCUGCUGACUCGAAAAACUGCAAGUAGCAUCAUAAAUGUGAAGGAUCUGCUUAUGAGAAAAGCAAGAUACGCGAAGGACUGCAAUGAACUCUUACGUCAGGGUUAUAAUUUGAGUGGCAUCUAUGUCAUCCAGCCACAGCCUCUGGACAAAACACCUUUAUUAAUAGUGAACUGUGAGAUGGAGUAUGACUGUGGUGGAUGGACUGUGAUAGAGAAAAAGACCAGACAAAGCCCACUAACAUGGAAUGAAACCUGGACCACAUACCAGUAUGGGUUUGGGAACAUUUUGGCUGACCAUUAUCUUGGCAACGAGUACAUAUAUUUCUUAACCAAUCAAUUGUGGUAUAAAGCCAGAGUAGUUUUGGAAAGGAAAAUUAACAGAAGAAAUGUUCGGAAAUAUGCAGAGUAUGACAUUUUCCGGUUAGGUUCAAUGAAUACUAAUUACACUCUGUACCUUGGUACAUACAAAGGCAAUGCUGGGAAUUCCCUGUCUGUACCGGAUAACAUGGUUGAUAAUUUGUCUUUUAGUACAAGGGAUAGGGAUUUGGAUUUGGAUUCCCAAAAUUGUGCCCAAAAGUAUGGUGGCGGGUGGUGGUUCAAUACUUGUCCUUCUACAAAACCCUAUGCUAUGUUGACCCAAAAAGAAUUAAUUUACUGGGAAUCCUUUCCCGAGGACUUUACCCACAUCACUUUUUUGAUCAGGUCUGUCAAUAUGCAUUGCAAAAAGAGAGGAAUGAUAUCAAGAAUAUAACUGUAUUUCAACAUGCAGUAUUUUGUGUAUCUAGCUAAUACAAUGCUUGCUAUUCAUGUUAUAGUCUAAAAAUAAACUUCAUUAAAGCACCUGAGUUUGUUUCAGU